CCCCGCCGUCGCCACCGUGACGCCCCCCCCACCGGGUCCUUCCGGUCCGAGGGGGCGUCGCCGUUUUGGACGUGACGUCAGAGAGGGUCCGCUGCUGUAUUGGCCGGCAGAAACCGCCCCGGCCGGCGACCGCCUCCUCCGCCGGACCGCGAUGGCGGAAGAGAAGAAGCUGAAGGUGAGCAGCACCCAGCUGCCGACGGAGUCCGCGAAGGCCAUGGCCGAGUCGAUGGGCAUUGGGCAGUUGCCCGAGGAGACCUGCCAGCUCCUGGCAGACGAAGUCAGCUACCGCAUCAAGGAGAUUGCACAGGACGCAUUGAAGUUCAUGCGGAUGGGGAAGCGACGGAGCCUCACGACUGGGGACAUCGACUGCGCCCUCAAGCUGAAGAACGUGGAGCCGCUGUACGGGUUCCACGCGCAGGAGUUCAUCCCAUUCCGUUACGCCAGUGGUGGGGGCCGUGAGCUCUACUUCUACGAGGAGAAGGAGGUGGACCUGAGUGACAUCAUCAACACCCCCCUCCCCCGUGUGCCCCUUGAUGUUUGCCUCAAGGCGCACUGGCUGAGCAUUGAGGGCGUUCAACCUGCCAUCCCAGAAAACCCUCCGCCAGCCCCCAAGGAGCAGCAGAAAGCUGAGGCCACGGAGCCCCUGAAAGCCACCAAGCCGGGCCAGGAGGAUGAGGGCGCCCUCAAGGGCAAAGGGCAAAGUGCCACGCCUGCCGAGGGCAAAGGCAAAGAAAAGAAAGCUCCCCUUUUGGAGGGGGCCCCCCUGAAGCUGAAGCCACGCAGCAUCCACGAGCUCUCCGUGGAGCAGCAGCUGUACUACAAGGAGAUCACCGAGGCCUGCGUGGGCUCCUGCGAGGCGAAGCGGGCGGAGGCCCUCCAGAGCAUCGCCACGGACCCCGGCUUGUACCAGAUGCUGCCUCGGUUCAGCACCUUCAUCUCUGAAGGGGUGCGGGUGAACGUUGUGCAGAACAACCUGGCCCUCCUGAUCUACCUCAUGCGGAUGGUGAAAGCUCUGAUGGACAACCCCACCCUGUACCUGGAGAAAUACCUCCACGAACUCAUUCCCGCCGUGAUGACCUGUAUCGUGAGCCGGCAGCUGUGCCUCAGGCCAGAUGUGGACAACCACUGGGCGCUGCGGGAUUUUGCUGCCCGGCUCAUUGCCCAAAUCUGUAAGAACUUCAGCACCACCACUAACAACAUCCAGUCGCGGAUCACCAAAACCUUCACUAAGAGCUGGGUGGACGAGAAAACCCCUUGGACGACGCGAUACGGAUCGAUUGCCGGCUUGGCUGAACUCGGGCACGACGUGAUCAAGACGCUGAUCCUGCCCCGGCUGCAAGUGGAGGGGGAGCGUGUCCGCGCCGUGCUUGAGGGACCGGUGGUCAGCAACAUUGACAAGAUCGGGGCGGACCACGUCCAGAGUCUCCUGCUGAAGCACUGUGCUCCAGUCCUGGCCAAGCUGCGCUCCCCGCCUGACAACCAGGAGGCCUACCGGGCCGAGUACGGAGCCCUGGGCACCCUCCUCUGCACCCACGUGGUCAAGGCCCGGGCCCAGGCAGCCAUGCAAGCCCAGCAAGUGAACCGCACCACCUUGACCAUCACCCAGCCCCGCCCAACGCUGACGCUGUCCCAGGCCCCGCAAGGGGGGAGCAGCAGUGCCUCGCGGACCCCCAGCCUCCUCAAGAUGCCCAGCUCCAUCACACUGCCCAUGCAGACCCUCGUCUCUGCCCGGCCGACCACCCCAACGCAGCCCUCGCCCCCUCCCACCAAGUUCAUCGUCAUGUCCUCCGCCUCAGGCACCUCCACCUCCCAGCAGGUGAUCACGCUGAGCAGCGGCCCUGCAGCCACCUCCACCUCCCCAGUCACCACCACGGUGUCCAGCACCCAACCCCUGGUGAAGCUGGUUUCAGGGGGGCAGGCAGCCCCCAGCCCCCCAGUAUCAGGCAGUCUCCAGAAGUACAUUGUGGUGUCCCUGCCAUCUGCCACAGAAGGCAAAGGGGCGGGCGCCCAGCUCUCGCCCUCCGCCGCUCCUCCCGGCCUGACCCUCUCCGCCGCCACCGUCAAGCAGGAGCGGAGCGACAGCCCCCAGCCCCCCGGCAGCGCCAGCACCACGGCCGCCACCGCCUUCCUCACCAAAGCCAACGGGGCCCAGGGCCUGGUGCCCGCCUCCCCACAGCCCUCCUUGUGAGGACAAGCGGCUGGACGGUGGCUCUGCGUUUCCCCACGUGGGCCAGGCAGUGACGGCGGCAGACAGACCGGGUGCUUCCUCCGCCCCGGUGGAUGGACAGCCUACCCAGGACCAAGGGAGGACGACACCUUCUGGGGAAGACACACUCGGUCUCCUGCAGGCCUCGGGGGGGGGGGGCAGUUUACUGGCACGUCCUGCUCCCAGCGCCCGCCGUCAUCUUGAGCUUGCUUCUUGGACUCCCUGUCUGAAACAGGUGGCAAAGAUUUGCUCUCAGCAUUGCCGGCACACGGGCCGCCCCAGGAGCCUGUGGGCUACCAGCGGCAGCUUCACUGCACCAGGGGAACGGUGGGGUCGGAGGAAAUGCGGAGUUCCCCCACACGGAGCAGGAAUGUUGCCUCCACUUCUUUCUCCCCCACUACAUAAAUGUAAAUAGAUGCUCCUUGGGAUCCAAUAAACGUGUCCCUUCCA